AUGCGAUGCGCGAGCAAGGCCGCCGAGAGCGCGUCUGCACGUCUCUGUGCGGACGCCGAAGCAGAAACUACAGCAACUGAUGUCCCAUCGGUUGCUGAAUCGACUCAGCCUGUAUCACCUGGUGAUGCAGGCGCUGGUCAUGAAGACACUCGUGUCUUCACAGAGUACGAGCUCGGUGUCUCGUACUCUCCUGAUACGGAUGACGGAUCCGUAUCGACGGCAAUUGAAUCCAAGCCGCCUGCCAAGCGUGGCAUGGACGAUGCUUUGCGUCGCAGCAUCUUUGGUUCAUCUGAUGAAUCAGAUGAACCAUCGCCGAAGCAAAGGCGCUCGAGGUCGCGAGACUCGGGCGCUAAUAGUGGUGUCGUUUCUCCAAUGGACACCACUUCACAGCGAGGUGCCAGUACUUCUGUCGGCACGUCGCAGGAAGAGCGGGACCGCAAUGUGUUGCGUCUCGCUCCAGAAAAGAAGGCAUGGAUGCCUCCUAAAUCCGUCAUGGAUCACUUGUCGGCGACGACGAGUGAUCGUUAUCGAACACGAUUGUUCGAUUCGUCGAGGAUUCAUCACCUUGACCCCAGCGCGAAAGACUAUCGCGCUGAACAUGAGUUCUUCAUCGAUGCUUUCUUCAGACAUCGAUGGUACAGUGGGAAUCACAAACGUGAUGGUCCCUCACUACUUCAGGCGUGGAACGCCUACAUCCAUAAUCUCGAGGAUGUAGGUCGUGACGCUUGGAACGACAAACUUAUCAAAGCUCGUGAUAAGUUUGAAAAGCGAACCCCGACAGGUGCACGCUAUAAGCUGCAUCGUCUGUCAAGGGAGAAAGGAUUACCCUGCCUCUCUUGGGGAGACUCGUGCCCAUGUUGUGUGAACAACUCUGCACGAGCACCUAAGGAGGCUUACCUCCUUACCAGCCCGUGGUGGCGCGUACGUGUCUCUACUGAGAUGUACGAAGGGAUUGACAACCUGAAAUCCCUUUACGACCGUGCCGGGAAGACUUUCUCCGGCGGUCCUUCUGCGGCACAGGAUGUGUCGCGUCGUACUGCUCGACCAGACCCAGUACGUCAACCAUCAAUUGGGAGCGGGGCUCCCAAGAAUCCCAGGACGGGGGAUAGCCGCGCCACCGGACGAGGUAACUCGUCCGACGUCCAGUUUACGUCGCGGUGGUUCAACAGCUGCUCAACUAGAUAG